AUGCUCGCCCGCACCGCCAUCACCCGCUCUCGCCCUGUCGCCCGCACCCGCCGCUUCAACUCGACCCAGUCUGGCGGCCAGUCCUCUCAGUCCUCGCCCAGGAGCAAGGCCAUCAACGAGGAGCGCAAGAACACUGGCAUCAUCGUCGGCUCCGUUGCGCUCGGCGCGCUCGGCCUCUUCUACUUCCUGCAGAACCGGGGCAAGAAGGACGCCAAGUGGAACGAGCAGGAGGCGGCCAAGGACAAGCAGAAGCAGCAGCAGCGCCAGCAGAAGGACGUCGACGCCGAGCACAAGGCGACUAAGGAGGGCGUUCGAGCCGUCAGGGAGUCCAACGCUUGGUGCGACACCGUCGGACGGGACAUGGGACCUCACAAGGCGACUGACUGGAUUUGUCCGGAGCGGGAUAGGACCGAAAUUGCUUUGGACGAGCUUUGGAACCCCCCCCCCCCCAUCUGA